AUGCCUCCAAAGUCCGGAAAGAAGGCGGCGCCAGCCCCAUUCCCCCAGUCCAAAGCUGGUGCGGGAUCAAAGAAGGCAGCCAAGAACCCUCUCAUCGAGAAGCGUACCCGUAACUUCGGUAUCGGUCAAGACAUCCAGCCCAGAAGAAAUCUUUCCCGUAUGGUGAAGUGGCCCGAGUAUGUCCGUCUUCAACGCCAAAAGAAGAUCUUGAACAUGAGAUUGAAGGUCCCACCUGCGAUCGCUCAAUUCCAACACGUUCUCGACCGCAACACCGCCGCCCAAGCCCUCAAGCUCCUCAACAAGUACCGCCCAGAGACCAAGCCUGAGAAGAAGGAGCGUCUCUUGAAGGAGGCCACCGCCAUCAAGGAGGGAAAGAAGAAGGAAGACGUCAGCAAGAAGCCAUACGCCGUCAAGUACGGUCUUAACCACGUUGUUGGUUUGAUCGAAGCUAAGAAGGCCUCUUUGGUCCUCAUCCCUAACGAUGUUGACCCAAUUGAGUUGGUUAUUUUCCUUCCAGCUUUGUGCAAGAAGAUGGGUGUCCCAUACGCCAUCAUCAAGGGUAAGGCCAGACUCGGCACGGUCGUUCACAAGAAGACCGCUGCUGUUCUCGCCCUUACUGAGGUUCGCUCCGAGGACAAGUCCGAGUUGUCGAAAUUGGUUCAAGCCAUCAAGGAGGGACAUGAUGAGACCGCUACCAGACACUGGGGAGGUGGAAUCAUGGGUGCCAAGGCUAACGCCCGCACUGAGAAGAAGCGCAAGGCCCUUGAGAGCGCUAUCAAGAUCUAAAUAUGAUCAUAUAGUGACUUUUACUUCCGGCGUUUUUUUAUGAUAUUAUGGCAUGGCAGGGACACUUAGCUAGGCAAGCAGCUUAAGAAUUCAAAAUAUGAAGGCUGUAUGAUAUCAUAAUUUAUUUGACUUUUUGAUUUUGUUCAAACAGUACGUGCGGGUGCCCUUUGC